AGUUAACAGUGAUCUAGAAGGAGUUGUAAUAAAACGUAUCAGAUCAUCGAAAGAUGGAUCUUGGGAUCAAAGACAACAUCAUUAAGGUCCCAGACGCCGAAGGCAAUACAAUAACCAUGAUUGAGCACUCUGGGUUUCAUUGGCCCCUAUUCCCCGGGUUAUCACAGCGACUGGUGGAAGACUUGGCCCAGUUCAAAGCUAGACCUGACGAUACAUGGAUUAUCAAUUGGCCUAAAUCAGGGACUCACUGGUGUUGGGAGAUAUGUUGUAUGCUAGUCAGCGGUAAAGCCGAGCUGUUACAACAAUCCAAGGUUACUGCAAUGUACCCAGAUUGUGCUGGGAAUGCUGAAGUAGAACCCAUACCAUCACCGCGGGUAUUAAACACCCACGCAACCCCUGAUAACUUCCCAAAAGAAGCGCUGGAGAAGUCCAAGCUGAUCUAUACAGUAAGACAUCCCAAGGAUGCGGUUGUGUCUUAUUUUCACCACACAAAGGGGAUAAAAUUUUACGACUACGAAAGAGGAACGUGGGCUGGGUUCCUGCCUGUCUUUCUUGAGGGGAAAAAUGAAUACGGAGACUGGAUAAACCAUACAGAGUCUUGGUUGUCACUUUUGGACGGCAAACCCAACGCUCUUAUUCUCAAAUUUGAGGACUUGAAAAAGGACUUAAGAAAAGAGGUUCAACAUAUUGCCGAGUUUCUUGAAGUAUCGCGUUCAGACGAGUUUUAUGACGAUGUUACUCGUCUUUGUUCCUUUGACAGCAUGAAGGAAGGGAAAUUGUCUGGCAAAGAUAGCGAUGUAUGGAGAGCAGAGUCUCCAGGAGUCUUCAGGAAAGGUGAGAGUGGAGAUUGGAAACGUCACUUUACUGUUGCACAAAACGAAGAGUUCAACAGACACUUUAACGAAAGGCUUAAAGACACUAUCUACGCCAAGAAAAUUGGUUACGAAUUCCUGUAGCUUUAUCUAAGAGACAAAAAUAAUCAUCUUGGGGAGUGCUAUAUCUGUAUGGCACUAUCCUCCUCAAUCUUGUGAGUGAAAGCACCUUAAAGUUAUGUCAGAAUAGACAGACAAAUCAUGGUUUGAACUACAGGAAGGUUGAAAAGGGCAAAAAAGUAGUCAGAAUAUAAAUUACUUAAAUUGUACUCGAGAAAUCAUACGCCUACGCUGCCUUUUCUAUAUUAACAUUCUGCUUAAUAAUUAUACAUAGCACUCCAUUAUUUUUAUCCAUCGAAUAUAUUCAAUCAACUUACAAGUAAAUUAAGAGCUGUAUACCAGGAACGAAGUAUACAAAGUGAAUUUUAAUGCUGGUGGUGUAAGCAGAGACUGUACUCACCAAUGUGUCAGUAAUUGUGCCAGUCCAAGCUUCGCUUAUUGAAUUGUUU